AUGGGGUUUCGAACUCAAGAUGAAUUUGGCUCACCUGCAUUCUUGGGCGCACCCCGCGCAGUGACCGAUUCAGAGCCUGAACCUAGCUCUGAAGACUCCGACGCCACAGUUGUCCUCGAUCCCCCAAGCGAUCUCCAGUCUACGUCAAGCUCAUCGGACGAGUCAAUUGACGGCAUCGUGUCCGACGAUCUGCCUGCCAUCCACCUCCGAACCGAAGGAAACCUGUGGAAGCUCCCAUUUGAUGUUAAUGUUCGGAUCAUACACACUUCAAAGAUUCCGGAUCUGCAAGGAGCAACCACCAUCGUUGACUUCACCCGAUUCCGUCUGUACUUGACUCCCGUAUCUGACGAUACCGACAGAGGUUUCCUCGAGAAUUUCUGGAUUUCUCAUGUUGGUGAUCUGGCCGGUUGGAUAACCGUUUACUUGCGAGAUCCCACCAUGGGCCACUACCCUUUCCCGUCAUCGGUGGUCGAGUCCACUCUCAUAUUGCACAACCAACCGUCCGCCGUCCGACUCGCAUUGACGCUUAUCAAUGAACAUGAGCGACGCGGCUUAUUCUCGUCUUAUGAUGGCCGCUAUCUUCUGAUACCCAAUGUGCUCAAGAAAUCUGGUAGAUUUCAAGUGGGUUUUGACGUAGGAAUUUUCGCACGCUCGGAACGUCUUUGCCGCGAGGAUAUUGCCCUAACAUCAUAUGCCUUCUCGGGAAGUCCGGAACAAUUCACACAUUUUAUCACGGAGACUGUACCACUCUACCGGAAACUCUGCUGGGUAGAGAUGAGAGGAAUCUUCGUUUCUGGAGCCGAAACCCUCAGCCCCCUUUCUCCAGAGUUUGACAGACUAGCCCAGGCCUUCUACGCCGGCGAGGAAAUCCCAGAUGACCUAAGCACUCUUCCGGACGCUCCGCCUCUCGGUCAACGAAACUUUGUUACAAGUUUUGGUACUGGUGGCCGAGCAACAGUAGUUGCAGCUCAGCCUAUGCGUGAUGCAACGCUGGUCUUUUUCCUUGAAGAUGUUAUGAUAUCGAACUAUCUUGAGACUAUGGUGGUUAGCAGACACCCAAGAGUUCCCAGACGUUCCGGGUCACCCAAAGUCUCCCAAACAACUUCACCCGCACCUAUGUUCUCAGGGUCGAUCCACCGCCAUUCGACUUAUCAUGAGAUCGAAACGAAUUUGAAUGAUAUUGAACAGCGGAACAAGGAUAGGCAAAUCAACCUCAGCAUCCAAGAGCGUCAAAAUACACGUCGUGAUAAAUGGUUUGAGUUUUACGAGACCGCUGCGGGAAGCCAGGGAGUGAUAGCCAAUCAGGUGGGCGCCUUAGUGGCUAAAGUCCAUGGACCACGCUCGGAUGCGUCUGGCCCGAGCGCGAAGCUGAAUUUGGUGCAAUCCAAUGAUGGUAAACUCCUUUUGAUCGAGAAAAAAGUCGGUGGAUCUAAGUCCAAGGGUGGCGGGCGUCGUCGUCGUAACAAAUUGACUCCUGUCAACAAUGAGGAGCAAGCAAGUGCCGGAGUGUGCAAUGGCAAGAGUUCCCGCGGUUCAACGAUCGAACCUGGAAGAAACCUUUCUCCAAAUAUUGAGGAGUGCAAGGACAAGGAGAGCGAAGAACAAGGAGCCGCUACAGCACGCAAGGAAGCCGCCAACACCGCCAAGGAUACAGCGAGUCUUACUCCUGUUGAGGCUGCCAACGAGUCUAUUGACACUUCUUCCAAGAAAGAGAGUACCAAGGAUACGAAGUCUGUAGAAGAUAGCACCGGUCUGGACGAUGAGAUCGCAUCCGUCACCUCGGGUGAGACGAUCACAGACGCCCAAACUCAUAAGUCUUCUCCAGGAACACAACCCGACGACUUCAAUGCGGUUCUUAUUGGCGGAGUCACCCAGGCUGACGUAGAGAAUUCCCGGGCAUUUGAUAAAUAUGGCCCAGAAAUGCUUGGAACAUCUGUGGUGAAGCCAGGUCCCUGGCAGACAGUCAAGUCGAAGGCCUCACAGAAGUCCGAAAAGGCCAAGGUGCCACCGCCUCGCUCUGUAGCCGUGGGCAAUUCUGGAACCUCCCGUCGUACCAACAGCAACGCUCAAUUUUCGAGCCGUACCCAGCAACAGGCAUCCGUGUCUGGAAUUUCCGGUAGCAACCGGGGCUCGAAGUCCACCACUAGUUACAAGCCUAGUAUCUCCCGGGCAAAGCAGGUUAACUUGCACGAUUCUAGGGAGUUCCCUGCCAUGCCCGCGGUUAAGGACUCGGUCAAGAAUAUUGCCGUUGGACUAAAGCCAGUUCUUUCUUUACCAUCAAACUCCAAGGCACCUGUGGCAUCCAACCCAGCUAUUCCAGUGGUUCCUAAGCCUGAUACUACCAAGGUUGCUUUGUCAUCGAUCGCAAGACCAGGACCCCGACCUAUUACGCCGGCUCCAAGCCAUGUUCAGGAUGACUCGGACCCUGAUGAUCUUUAUAACGCAUCUCCACCCCGAAGACCUCUUGCCGCCCGCCCACAGCAGGCAGAAUCCGGUCCUUCUCCCUCCGCUACGGUAUCACAGGCAUCUAUGAAGGCCAAUGAGAAGGCAAUUACUCAUUCUGUGAGUGGCACUGGUGUCAAAGUUCCUACCAAGCCGAAAGUAGAAAAGGAUAAGGUCGAAGCCAAGAAGGCUGAAGUUAAGAAGGCUGAAGUCAAGAAGGUUGAAGUCAAGAAGGUCGAAGCCAAGACGGUUGGAGUCAAUAAUGCUAUCGCUGAUCUCAAAGAAGUCAACACCGCUGGUGGGUCAUCUCUCAACAUUUUGUCUUCCAAUUAUACCGCUGACAACUCUGGGCAAACAGCCUCUAGCACUGCAUCCGCCGAUGUGAAGGACAAGAGCAAGAAGACAGCCGCCAACAGCAAGCCAGAUGCUAGAAUAGCUGGAUUAACACCCGUCAAUUCACGAGUUAAGGGCAAUGACGUUGCUAAGGGCAAGUCUGACGCUGCGGUAGCUCGCCCAACGGCCGUCAUCGAGCUGAGAAAGAGCAAGGAAACCGCCGCCAUUUCUCCUCAAUCCCAAGCUUCCACUUCCACCAACGAUAUUCAGGUCGCAAAAUCGAAGAAAUCCAAGGCUAAGGUUCUUUCAAAGGAGCCACUUCCUCACAUUACUGGUGCUUCCAGUAGCGCUCAAGUUAAUUCGCAGAAGGGUAAGGGUAAUGGAUUGGACAAGAAUCCUCUUCCGCGAAACUAUACGUCUUCUGGUGACGAUGCGAAGACUACUAAGAAGCCUAGAGGAAAGAACGGCUUUCUACGAGGCCAGCCAAUCUCACGGGAGAAAUCAUCUGGCCCUGCUGAUACCGUGGAGCAAGAAUCGUCCAGAGUUGAGGCUGCUCAGGGUGAUCAACUCAAUUUUGCCCAUCCAAAUGGCAGUACAACUCCUGUGAGGCAGAAGGGCGUGCCCAUUACGAAGAAGGCCGGCACCGAGUCGACAAAUUCACCUAUUCACAACCAUACAUCAAUCGAAUUCCCAGAGGCUGCCCUCCUCGACGCUCCAGAGGAAAAGGCCACAGGUCUGGAGUGGGCUGACCUAACAUCGCCGACAAAGCUAAGAGCCAGUGGGCGACGAUUAUCCUUACCCCCAGCCUUACAACACGGCGACGAGCGAGACUCCCUCGACGGCUCAAUUGAUCUCCCCUCAAUUCGACGCACGAGUAGUUUUUCGAACUUACCAGUGCCAUCGACAUCUUUUCUCCAGAUCGAUGAAGAGUCUUUCACGUCAUCGAACACGGAUGGUGGAGAUGAGCGACGCGAUUCGCGCGAUGCUACAUAUCUCGAGUCGACCCCGGGCACUGUUUUUAUGAUCACUCCCAUGAAUAGAUCCGUGCGAAAGCCGCUUCCCGAGUAUGAAGGUGAACCGUACAUCAACAUUGAGGGCAACCCUGUGACUCUGUUCCGACACGAUGCAGAGAUGCCAUCGCAGUUCGGUCCAGGUCACCAACGCACCAUCUCAAACCCAGGAUAUAUCUACCGAGGCACUUAUGAUUAUGAGCAGUCGUCUUCGGGCCACAGCUGCCGGACAAUCACUCCCUCAUACAAUCCCGGCAAUGGUAUGCAUGGCCACCCCGCGCCAGCUCCUGCUUUCGACGGACCUGAUCCCAAUCUCGGUCGCCAGAGUGGACAGCAGGGCUCUUCGUAUCACAGCGGGCCAAUGUUCCCUCUUCAGGAUGCUCAAGUCACUGCAUACCAGCCUUUAACCGCGCCCAGCCAAUACCCAACUAAUGCGCAAAUAUCCGAUUUCUUGUCCGCAUCCAAUCCCCAGUCUGCACUGAAUGUUGACCGUGGUGCCUCGUCCUCUGCUGCUGAGCGAGCCGUACCCGCUUCCGGUUUUGACGCCACCUUCCAAUGCCAAUUCUGCGAGCAAGCCCACUCCCCUACCAUUUAUGAGCCCUGUUAUCUGUGCCCCUUGUGCGGAAUGAAUGGUAUUUCUGCUUUCGGCACCAAGUACUGCUCUCGAGCCUGCUUGCUCUCGGAUGCCUACGACCAUGUCUCAUGUUGCAGUAACACCCCGGCCUUGGUGACAUACUCGAACCCGAAGGCAAUUGGCCCCCUUUACUGCUGGGAAGGCUUCCCGAUCACGUCAGUGUUCCAAAUUCCGGAGUCUAACGACAAGUUCCGACAAAAGGCAUUCUCGAUGUUCUGCAAGUUCGGAGAGGCUCCUGAUAUCCUCCAAGCACACAUCAGAAAGAAUCCGGCUGUCGACUGGAGUGCACUUCUUCCCCGCUACACGCAGAUGCAGGUUGGUGACUACCACAUCUUCAAGCCCAGUACUGUCGGUCAGCCAAUGACUCGCGCCAACGUGAUUUGCGUAAGCCCUUCUUCAUUCCCUUCGUUCCAAAGCCAUACUGACAUAAAAAUCCAGACUAUGAAAUUCUCCGUCGAAGACGGAACCAAGCUAGCAGUCACCCGUGCCCUCAACAUCAUGUACCUGGACGCCAAUGAGGCUAUCGGCAUCUUUCUCUACAAGUUCCUCCUCCACUUCCUCAGCGAUCCGGCUGAGUUCCGCAAGUUCGGCGCCACCGCACCACAACUCGUAGUCCUGGCCGAGUUCCGCUCCCAAUUCCUCCGCGAAUUUGGCAUCGGUAAUCUGGCUCUGUGGCGGGAGAACGGUUUCUACGACUGGCGUCAAGCCUUGUUUGAAAUGGACCAGCAUAUGGUAUUCUGGGAGAUGCAGUCUAGCAUCCUCAACAUGUGGAACGGCCGUGUUUUCAACCAGGUCUAA